AUGAUGUCUUUGAAAGAAAACGGUCUUUAUGAAGAUGAUUCGGACUCGAGUGAUGGUCCUAUUGAAGCAAUUGCGUUUUUUCCACCAGCAGUAUCAACAUUAAGUAUCAAUGAUCUAUCGAUGAAAAAAGAUUUAGGAAAUAAAAAUGGUUGUUAUAUGCGAUUUUCUGGUGUUAUCUAUUCCUUACUAGCAUCUCUUAUUUUUACAUGUGCAACAUUUUCAAUAAAACAAAUAGGUGUUGAUCUACUUGGUGCAUUAUUUUUACGUUUCGUUGUUCAACUAUUAAUCAUGUUUUCAUUUAUACGCUAUAAAAAGUAUCCAUUUCUAUUUGGUACACCUUUUGAAAUAUUUCUACAAGCUAUAUGUUGUGCAACAGGUGCUGGAGGCCUUUUCAUUUAUUAUAUUGCUCUAGAUUAUGCUGAAUUAUCUGAUGUAACAACAUUAUUUUAUACAAAAGUUGUUUGGACCGUAGUUUUUAGUAUUUUUAUAUAUCGAGAACGACCAUCAAUAAGCAUCUUAGUCGCUUUACCAUUAACUAUUACUGGUGUUAUUUUUGUUACUCGACCAAGUUUUCUAUUUUCAUCUUCGUCAAAUUCAUCUGUGAACAAUAAUCAUCGUUUAAUUGGCUUAAGUCUAUCAAUUAUUGGUGCAAUAACAUCAUCAACAAAUAUUUUAGUAUUCAAACGACUUGUUUCAACUUCAAAAAAUAUUAAACCAAGUGUAAUUACUUUUCAAUACUCUUUAGCUGUAUUUAUACUUCUCAUUAUUAAUCAAUUAUAUAGAAAAUUUAUCCUUGAUACUGGUCUUACAAUUAAUUAUGUCAUUUCAUGGCGAUAUAUAUUAGCAUCAGUUAUUUGUCUGACUAUAAUUGCAGUGAAUUUAUUAGUACAAAAAGCUAUGAAACGUGAAAAUCCAUCUAUAUUUACUCUUCUUGGUUCAUCGGAUAUAAUUUUUGCAUUAAUUCUUCAAAAUAUUUUUACAACAAAACGUUCAGAUUUAUUUACAUUACUUGGUUCUGCUUUAGUUAUUUGUAGUGUAGUUAUAAUUGGUCUAUCAAAAAUUCUUAAUGAGCAACCUUCACACCAAAAAGUUCAAUUAAUGGAUAAUCAAAAUAAUAUAAAAGAUUUUGACGAAACAAAUGACAAAUGUUAA